AAUUGAUCGAUAUUAUUGAUUAACAAUUUACUUUAAACUUCUCUGAAGUCAUAGUUACACUAAUUACUAAGUAUCAUUUUUCAGAGCGUCCGAAAAUUGUUCAACUUCUAUUGGAAUGCUUAAGAAUUGCAUUUAUCUGAUGAUAUUUAUAUCACUAUGGCAUGGUCAAGCGGGAGCAGACGAUGCAGUGACACCGGCCACAGUAGAAACUCCGGAGGUCCCGCAGGCGAAACGGCGAAGGAGAACAAAGACGGAAACACGACGAGUUUGAAAUGUUAUAAUUGUGAUAGUUGUGAGAAGCCUUCUGAUAAUCAAACGAAGGAAAACUGUGGAUCAUGCAGAAAAUAUAUAAAAAGUGGCAAAGUUCAACGAUACGAAUGUAGUGAUAAGCAGGGAUGCGGCGAUUUAAAAGAUCAGAAAGGUGAUGAUAAAACUGAAUGUUGCAGUGAUAAAAAUUUGUGCAAUUCAACUGGAAAGAAUAAAAUCAAUACAAUACUUUUAGGAAGUACAAUCUCCUUAGUGCUAAUAGCUCUAUUUGAAAAUACGAUAUUUUCCUGAACACCCUCAUUAUAUCCUACAAAAAAAAACAAUUUUAGAAUUUAAGAUGUGUACGGAAAACUGUUAACUUCUUAUGAAAACAGAGUAACCCGCCCUCCCUUGCCACCUUCCACAACCACCACCAAUGAGAAACCAACAAAUUUAUUAAUGUAUGCAAAAAAUAUAUAUAUGUGUAGCUGGUCAAUAAAACCAA